UCAAACUGGAUUACGACGAUAGUCAGAAUGAGCAGCAACAGACAACAGAAAUUUCAGAGUGGGACACCGGUUGGCAGCAUGGACCGGAAAAGGUGAUCGUAGAAGUACGAGAAACAGCGACUGAGACUAUAACUUUUCUAGAGACAAGCACUGUAAAUAAUUCCACUGAAACACUAGAGGGAUCCGGACCAAAUAUAGUUGUAAGGCCUGAAGAGGCACUCAUUGUUAUUUUUGUACUUAUACUAUGGAUAGGCGCUAUUGGGCUUUUCUUCCACCGGUGGGGAAAAAUACGAAUGCUGGAGCCGUAUCAGCCAAAGUUUAUUCAACAACAUCGAGGUUCCUGUCCGUUGGUGGAGCUGGACUUGGAUUUACCACCGGUUCCGCAGAGAUCAUCACUCUCAAAGAUGUCCUUGGGUCUGCAGUCGACGAUGACAUCUGUCUGCUCGGGAGGAUAUCCCGGCUACACUCGCCCCAGGCAGAAUUCCGUUUUCGUGGGGCCGCACGUGUUUUCGCCACCGCAACCGCCCAGAAAAACACGUUCUGCUGUCGACAUCCACUCGAUGAUACUCAGCGAGGGCGAAUCGGAACCUGUCUAGCUCCAGCCGAACGCCUUCCAUUCCUCCAGAUGAACUAACAACAGAUGAGCACGAAAAGAUGCAUCCUACAAAACAUUUCAAUAUUUUUGUAUCGUGACAUACCGAUGAUAUAUUUAUAUUUGACUUUCCUUUUUUUAUACACACAAACCGUGUUGAGAGUCGUUAGCUGAAAUUACCAACAGAAUUUACCCUUGUUGAAUAUGAAGUAAAAAGUAGAUCAUUUUCUCUCAUAUUGAAAGUGUUGUUUAUACUCAUACCGUUUUACGACCAAACUAGACGUUAUUUCUAGAAACUUGAAAUGGUUAAAGCAUGCAUUCUUCGGUAGAAUUCAGACGGGUUUACGCGUGUGUAAGAAACAUUCACAAAUUAUGAUAUACUGAUAUACGGAGAAGAGUAAAUUCUAAAAAUAGCCUAUUAUUGAUGAUUGGGAUCCACUACUAGGAAUAAUGGCGAGUAGUAUACACAUCUACGGUUUUAUACACUUUCAUAAGAUGCAUUUAUCUCAAGCAGAGCGGGUUUGCGUUUAGAAAUGUAGUCCGUACAAACCUGAUGCUUCAUUCGUUUGUGAGAGAACUAAUCGAGCAAACCAAUGCGCAACAAUUUUUGUCAAUUUUAAACAACGUAAACCAGACCUAAUACUCAAUCUACAUUGUAAACCUUUCCAAAGUUUUAAUGAUAUUCAUUAGAUACUUAAAAGAUAAACUACCCGUCUGAUAAAAAUUUGUUGGAUUAAAUAAACGAAAAACAUAAUUCAAUCCCUAAUGGCCAUAUAAUAAAAAAGUAAAUAAUUAAGUUGUACAUCAUAUUGAUAGGUGUCUAAAUAAAAUCCAAAGCUCUUAUAUUAAUUGAAAUUUCCUCAACAAAACAAACGUAGCAACAUGAGAACGUUGUAUAACUAGAGAGUGAUUGUUAACAAAGACUAGACCAAAAGAAAGAAUGAAAACUUUUAAAUAGAUUCGUUCAUAAACCA